AGGAAGUUAGCUAAAAGCCUAGAAUGUAAAUGGAAAGCGAUCGUAAUGAUAAUAUAAUAGAAUGUGACAGAAGGUGCCGCUGACUCCUCUUCCUCUUCAUCCUCUCCUGAUGAUGAGCAGGCUUCUCUUUGGCUCGGCGUGUUGGUAAUUAUCUGAUUAUUUCUGCAGAGCGCUGCCAGAGGCUGCGUUGCAUUUCCACAGUUUAUUGAGAUAAGUCGGGACUCGGCGUGCAAGCUUAGCAGAUUGGGCUGCAGCUCUGCUGGACGAUGACCAGGAAGAGAAGCGGCACCAACGGACAUCUCCCACUGCAGGACGAGAGCUGCCACAGCGGAGGAGACGACACCGAGGAAGUGAGGAGAUGCUGACUCAGCUGGUUUUGGGGUGGACUGCCUUGCUCAGCGGCCUGCAGCCGGCUGUUGCCUUAAGAUUUCUGUCGAGCAGAGACAGCAGGUGGUCUGCUCUGAAAUGUGAAGUCUUCUUCCCUCCUCCACCUCCGCCGCCUGUGUUUCCUACAGUCAGACGGAAAGCAGAGCUGAUGGUUGACGUGACGGAACACAUCACAGGAGCCAAAGGGGAAAAGGGCUGCAGAGGACCCAGAGGACCCAAGGGGCCACCUGGUGUGACGGGUCCAGAGGCAGAACCUGGAGCACAAGGACCCAUGGGACAGCCUGGUCAAAAGGGGGAGAACGGGGGCCGAGGCUGGAGGGGCCUUUAUGGAGACAUAGGAACCCCCGGGAUGAUAAAGGGCAGUAAGGGACGUAAGGGAUUCAGGGGGGAUACAGGUGUGAGAGGAAACAGAGGACCCGGUGGAGAGCAGGGCGAGCGUGGCGUCGCGGCAGCGCCAGGAGAGAAGGGCGAUCCAGGCCAGUGGGGAGAUGCAGGGCAGAGGGGUGAGCAAGGACCCAGAGGAGAGCCUGGAGGCAGAGGAACCCUGGGGUCGAAGGGUUAUCGUGGACCUGCAGGAAGGCUGGGUCACCCCGGUCCCGCGGGGCUGUCCGGUCUGACUGGAGAGCCCGGUCUAGCUGGACAAGUGUACGUCCUACCAGGCCUGCUGGGAGACACAGGAAACAGAGGUCCCUCAGCCAAAUGCAACUGUUCACAGGUUCAAACCCCAGAGCGGCUGUGGGACAGAGUCCAGACGAUCUUCAUCGCAGACGGAGAGGGACAGAUGAGGAGGCUGCGGGGGGACAAUGUGAUGGUGCUUCGGACCGACAGAAAAGCUCUGUACAUCUACUCUGAAUCUCAGUGGAUCAACGUGUUGGAGGACCCCAGACACUAACCCCACUGCAUUCAACACAGGCUGAAGUGCCCUCGAGCAACAACCAGCUCAGGCUGUGGUUGUACUGGGAAGCCUCCAGAUGUGGAUGUUAGUGAGAGCGAUCAGGGUCCUGACAAUCCACUCAUGUUAAAUAAAGGAUGUUCUUUCCUCUGUACAGCUCCUCUAAGAUGUAUUAUUAUUUAUUGCAAUUAUAUAUUUCAGUGAGUCUUAACUUCAGCAUUUCCUCUCAUGAGAUUUACACACGCAUGUGAAUUGUUCCAGCCUGUUACCAUUAAACA